CCCUUUCUAUAUAUAUAAAAAAAAUCAAUCUCAUUUCAUCAUCAUCAACAACCUCACAAACACAAAACCCAUCUCUCAAAAUCAUCACUUUCUCUCUCUAAUGGCGUCUCCUAAAUCCUCAACCAGACCCACCCAGCAAAACCCAGAACCCACUUUCCACGACUUCUUCCCCACGAUGGCCGGAACGCUCGGAGGAGAAGGUCUCAUCGACGAGCUCUGCAAAGGGUUCGAGCUACUCAUGGACAGAGACAGAGGUGUCAUCACUUUCGAGAGCUUGCGGCGAAACGCGUCGGCCGUUCUUGGGCUCGGAGACUUGACGGACGAAGAUGUAAGGUGUAUGAUCAACGAAGGGGAUUUCGAUCGAGACGGUGCGUUGAAUCAGAUGGAGUUUUGUGUGCUCAUGUUUAGGCUUAGUCCUGAACUGAUGGAGGCGUCACGGUGUGUUGUCACGGAAGCGAUCGAAGAGGAGUUUUGUGAUCGAACGCACCGGCGUUGAUGAUAGAACACUUCUUUCUCCAUCAGAGACUUUGACUGAUUUGUUUUUACUAUUUUUUAAUCGAUUCUUCUUUUAUGUUCUUUCUAUGCUCUCUUUGAUUUCCCUUGGCAGUUCGUAUAAAUUGUUGGAUAUAUUAUUAUAAAACUGAUAUGGAAAAUCAUUUGAGAACAAAACAUAUAUAACAAAUGCAAAUUUAUCUC